AUGUCAACAUCUGAAAUCCAUGUCGAGCUUAGACGAGGAUUGCCCACGGUCACAGUUCCUUUGCCGUCCAGGCGUGAACUUUGUCAGUUUACAUUGCGGCCAGUGACGAACACGGUCGGAGACUUGACUAACAUGUUGAAGACCGAGGACCCGGGUGUCGACCGUGUAGUUAUAUCCAGCUCAGAGGGUGUGCGUAUCGCGUCUUCCAAUACAAUUGAAUCGCUCAUGGAAGAUGACUUCCGGUUAACCAUCAAUGACCGAGAUUUCACGGUUAAAGUGCCACCGCACAAGAAGCUUACAAAGGAAGAAAUGGAACGGCUUUCUGGCGUCAGGACUCUAGUCAGUCAGUUGUACGAAUCACUGAACGUCGAAGAACAUCAAUUAAAAAAAGAAAGGGAGUUACUGGCUAAAAUGGAAGAAAUAAAAGUCAAACUGGAACCCCUUGAAAAGAAAAGGCAAUCCAUCGACUUGGUAGCGAGUAGACAAACAUCGGUGCUUACAUGGGUUGGUCUGGGACUUAUGUCAGUGCAGUUUGGCAUAUUGGCUCGGCUUACUUGGUGGGAAUAUUCGUGGGACAUAAUGGAGCCGGUCACAUACUUCGUCACUUACGGCACCGCCAUGGCCGUAUAUGCUUACUAUGUACUCACCAAACAGGAGUACUUGAUGCCGGACGUUCGCGACCGCCAGUAUCUGAUCACCGUGCAUAAGAAGGCCAGGAAGUCCGGUCUGGACUUGCACACGUACAACCUACUCAAGGACAAAAUGGCGGGUGUGCAGACCGAUCUGGCCCGGCUCAAGGACCCGCUUGUCCCUCCGCACAGGGCCCAAGUCCUGUACGACCCGCUUGCCGAUUGUAACGCCACGGGAAUGGAACCCACGGGACUCUGGUCCGGACUCCGAGCCCGGAUCAAGUCAUUGAUGGAUGAGACAAAAGGAGGAAGCGGCAAACGGACCACCAAUAACAGCAUUUGA